AUGCCGCAGGAUUUUUUUUGGCCUCCAAUUCUUCCAAAACUACAUUUGCCGCUAUCCCUCAAACCGUUCCCCAUGAUUUUUUUCCCUGAAAACUACAGCAUAGCUGUUCUUCAGAUGGGCAAACAUUUUGCCGUAACUCUUCGCUUCAUACCCUCAAAUUUAACGGUUCAUAUCAACUUGAAUAUGGCCUUUUCUUAUACUUACGCAAUUGGGUUGAGAUUUACCAACACGGCCGACUUCACUCCACUAAUCUUCGCCUCCUACCAUGGAAACACUUCUCUCGUUCGAACUCUUCUCGAAAUGGGUGCUGAUAUCAAUGCUGUCGAUAGAAACGGUUGGACGGCUCUGCAUUGGGCUGCUCAACAGAAUCGAGUUGAGGUCACCUGCAUUCUCCUCCGCAAUGGCGCCAAUCGACGAACCAAAGAUUGCCUGUGGGCUGACAGCCGCGCACCAUCCAUGCAAGACGCGGCCUUUGUGUCUAAGUUAUGGAGGAAAGAUACAGAAUCUGUUAUUCACGGAAUCCAGUUUUUUCAGUACAGGUACUGCUUCUUUAAGAAGAAGAAGAAGAAGAAUAUGAUGAUGACGAUGACGAAGAGAUAA